CAUGUGGAAACGCCCAUCGUAGGGUAACAUGGUCUAGCACUAUCUAGUGUAGAACUCUUGAUAACGGUAGAUACGACAAUCAUAUUUAUUCAUUAACCUUUGGCAGUAGUGCGUAGCCUACACUGAGUAUUUUACUAAGAAGAAGGGAUUGUUUAUUUGUAUCGUUUUCAAGUUUGUGUGAAUCAUUCAAAGCUUUCAGAGGCUUGUCAACUUGGAGACCAAGUAUGCUUUCUACAUUGAAACAGUCUAAUAAAUUAUUGCUAAACGUCUUAGAUCAUCGGUUUUGCAGCAAAACAUGUGUGUCUCGUGGAUCAGCACUGACAACGACAUAUUUGAGUCAAAAUGAUGGCAGAGGACAAGUACAAAUUACCUUCUCAAGGGGAAUGGCGGGGAGAAGCUACAACGUGCCACCAAGCGCUGAAUUUGUUGCAAGAGUUUCUGGAAUCGCCACUAUGGGUAAAUUGCCGUACCGAGAAACUGCGGAGGGAUUAGACGCAGCUUUCGUUGGAGUUCCCAUUGACACAGGCACUUCAAACCGACCCGGAACAAGGUUUGGACCGCGUCAGAUCAGAGCAGAGUCUGCCCUUCUCAGGGCGUAUAACAGUGGUACUAGGGCAGCACCUUAUGAAUCUCUGGUGGUAGCUGAUAUUGGUGAUGUCAAUGUCAAUGUGUACGACCUAAAGGACACCUGCAAAAGGAUUCGAGAAGCUUUCCACAAAAUCUUGGCCACUGGUUGCAUUCCUCUGACUAUGGGAGGAGAUCACACCAUAGCGUAUCCAAUUCUCCAGGCUGUGGCUGCUAAACACGGGCCGGUUGGCCUGAUCCAUGUGGAUGCCCACGCCGACACAAGUGAUGUCGUCCUGGGUGAGAAGAUUGGUCAUGGGACCCCCUUUCGGCGCUGUGUGGAAGAGGGGCUUCUAGACUGCAAGAGGGUGAUCCAAAUAGGUCUGCGUGGAACAGGCUACUCCCCAGAUGCUUAUGAGUGGAGCCGUGCUCAGGGUUUCCGUGUGGUGCAAGCGGAGGAGUGUUGGCACAAAUCACUGGUGCCCCUCAUGGCAGAGGUCCGCGCUCAGGUUGGGAGUGGACCGGUCUACCUCAGCUUUGACAUUGAUGCUCUUGACCCAGCCUACGCACCAGGCACAGGGACACCAGAGAUCGCCGGCCUCACACCCAUCCAGGCACUGGAAAUCAUCCGCGGUUGCCGUGGGUUAAACCUUGUUGGCUGUGAUUUGGUGGAGGUUUCUCCGCCAUACGACACCACAGGUAACACAGCAUUGACAGCUGCCAACCUCCUCUUUGAGAUGAUGUGUGUCCUUCCGAAGAUUAAGUAUUAUUAAUUUUCCCAACAGCUGCUUGUGAUGAAAAUGUGAUCUAAAAUAAUUCUUCGUUACCAUUGGGGUUGGGGGUUGUCUUGGGGCUUUAAAAAAAUCACUUUGGCAUCUUGUUUAAAGCUCAUAUUCAUGUCCUUGAUGGAGCCAUUUUAGAUACAUUUCUUCCUUCACCUUUGAUGAAAUAAUGACAAAUUGAGAUUAAAUAUGUUUAUAGAUAAAUUAUAUUUAAUACUUUACACAGGUUUCUAAAGUCAUAUACAAAAUAAAAAUACAUACAUUUAAAAAUGCUGACAACAUAAUGUUCAAGAUAUUGUUUCAAACAUAAUAUUGACAUAAAAAUAAACAAUUCUCUUUUUUCACAAUGAUAUAUUUAAAGACAAAUGAGGUCUAGUCAAUGUUAAAUACUAUCAACUUAUCCAAUAUAAUUGCCAGGAAACACAUCUCCCAGGAAACCAGCCUGUCCAAUAUCUUCCUGUUAUGAACAGUUCUCUGUGGUAAAGUUAUCCCCACCCCACAAAGCUAUAUAAUAAAGAACAUUAAAAAACA